GUCAGUCUUGUCUGUCUUGAGAGGAAAUACUGCCUGCAGGCUACUCAGCCAGCACUAAGUCAAACAGUGAGGAGCUGGCCAGCUUGCAGGCAUGAAUUUCACAAUGCCUGGCUCUGCUGCAGGCAAGAAGCUGGAUCUUUCCAAGCUGACAGAUGAGGAGGCAAAACAUGUGUGGCAAGUUGUCCAGAGAGAUUUUGACCUAAGGAAGAAGGAGGAAGAGAGACUUGGGGAGCUAAAGACCAAGAUAGAGAAGGAAGACAUCAAGAGAGAGUUGUUGGGGAACCAGAGCAGCUUGACUGAGUCUCACUGCAUUCGCUGUCUUCAGGCCUUCAAGUUCCUGGUCAACAUCAAGCGUCAGUGUUUGGACUGUCAGCUUUAUGUCUGCAAGUCCUGCAGCCGUUACAGCAAGAAGGAGCUGGGCUGGGUGUGUGAUCCCUGCCAUAUGGCAAGGGUCCUCAAGAUUGGUACUUUGGAGUGGUACCAUGAGAAUGUCCGUGCACGUUUCAAGCGCUUUGGGAGUGCCAAGGUGAUGCGAUCACUAUUCAAGAGGUUGAGCGAAGAACGCAGCUGCUCUCAGAGUGACCUGGGAGAGCCACAGGACUAUGAUACACAGAGCAUGCCCGAGGUCCACACAGACGGAUAUGAGCUCAGCAUGGAGGCAGCAGACUCACACUACAAAGAGAUGAAAAAGACUAAAAGGCGGUUAACUGUUGAUCCUUUUGAUUUCAUACUGGGCUGUGACUACUCCAACAACUCAAGAAGCCAAGAUCAGGCCCAGACCCUUCAGGCCCCAGAGGCCCAUGAUGUCAUGGACACAGAUAUAGGGGGAAGGGAGUCAAUGCUUGCUGAGGCUGAUCUGGAUGACAUUUUUCACCCAACUGAUCAUGAACAGCACAAGGGUCUGGACCUGGAAAUGGCUUCACAGCACGAUGAUCUUGCAUAUACAGAGAACCGAACUGUCCCCUCUCGCUCCAUAUCUCGCCUAAGUUAUUCCUCGUGUGGCAGCAGCAGUAUCGGAGGCCCCCGAGGAUGCAGCAGCUCUCUGCCCGGCCUUGAUGACUCAGAAGCAGAGGAUGACCACUGCCAACAGUACCCAAUCUACCAGCCUCAUCCAGAACCCAGUAGCCUCACAUCACAAGAGAGCCUGAACUCAUCGACUGUUCCACCACAGAUAAUUGACCUGAACAUAAGAAUGUCAGCCAUUGAAAGCCUUCUGAACCGCUUGGAGCAGAAAGUCAUCCCAACGAAUCAUGAGGUUCCAACUGCACACAGCACAUCUCCUCCUCAGUGGGAGGAAGUGGACCUCGAAGAGCAGCAGCUCAGACAGAAGCUGCACAAGAUGACAGACAACAUCAGUGAUUACAGCCUAACUUCUGAUGAGGAUGAGCCCCAAAGGCCAUAUUCUGCCUCAGAGGUCUCAGCAUUGGGAUGCCCAAAGGGGAGGCCCUCCAGAAUACCCACCAGACCUACAUCUACAGCAAGUCCCGCGAAUUCCAGACUUGAAGACGAGAUGCUUCAGCAAACUGAUGCUGAGAAGAUGUACUAUUCAUCAGACAGCCUGGAGAGGAAGAAGCACCCCCUGCAAGAGGCAUCAGUGGCAAGCUUCAAAGGCUCAACAGCCUUACUGGUUGAACUGGAAGAUAAAGUAGCUCAAGCAGCUGCCAGUGUUCAGAAUGCUAAAAGUGAGGUGUUUUACAUAGAGAACAGGAUAGCUGCCCUGAAUGCUGCUGGCACACCUGAUAAAAAAAGACGGCAGUCAGCUAUCCCGAUCCAAGCAAGAAGACUCUCCCACAACUUUCCCACAAGCCAGUCGGACAGGUUUGUAAGGAACUCCCUCUACAGGGGCUCUCUGACACAAAGGAACCCUGUGCCAAAGCCCAAGACCCGGGCUACCUGUGCGAAACCGGUAAUGACACAGGGUUCAUGAGAAGGAGGCUGAGUAUUAUGUGACAAGGAGCUUUUUCACCACUUUUAUUCAUUUAUUCUCACAGCGGAAAAUCUGAAGUCUGCUCAGAGAAUCAAAGAUGGGACUUCUUGGUUCAGGUUUUAAACUCUGUGUUUAUGAUAUUUUACUAGGAUAGAUCUGUACCACAUCCACAGCAUGUGUUGUACCUGAUAUGCACUAACUUAGUUUGAUCUGGCAAACAUGUGAUUUUCAUAUAUUAACAUGCAUUUACUCUAAGGUGUUGGUCUGAGAAAUCUAACAGGUUAUUCAGCAUGUGUCUCAUAUAAAUGUAAAUAUUUGUUUCAGACAGUGCAGUAACAAACUACAAGUCAUUCCCAAAAUAGUUUUACAGCUCGUAACUUAUUCAUAUCUUCAUUGAAAGUGUAAAAACUUUGAAGUGAUUAAGAAAAAAUAAUGAUGUUAAGUAAGAAGCCCUUUUAAAAUAUGAUGUAAAUCAUUAAAGACCAAACAGAAUGUAUAGAUUGUGGUACAAGUUCUAGAUAUUUUCUAGAUUUGUAAAUUGUGUCUUGUAAUCACUAGUUUUCUGCUGACACUGCUAAAAGUGUGUUAAAAUAUUCCUCUAUAACCUGUUUAGAUACAUUUUUAUUGUUUUGCUGUAACAUAAUUAAAACAAUCCUGUUUACAACUCAGUCAUUUCUGUUUUACUGAAGCACCAUUAAAGCUUUUUCAUUUGUUUUUACUCAGAUAAAAGACGG